CGGCAAUAUUUCCCACAUGCGCAUAAAACUCUAAGUCCGCUGGAUCUCGUCGCAGCCAGCCGAUUUUCUGCACCAUAAGCAAUCCUUGCACCUCGUGUACCCGCCUCUGCACGGAAUAGGGACCACAUCCGACGCCACCCAUGCUUCGAAGGAUCAUGUAGCUGACUAUUGGUUUCAGCGCCGCGUGGCGAGCUGAAUGCCAGCUACCCACGUGGGAAUGUAUUAAUACAAUCUAUUUAGGACUUGAAUCUGCAGGUGUCCUGUCCAAGAUGAAUGCAAGAUAGAUCCGGACUUGCUACACGAUCUUUGGAAAUGCCAUCUCUCAACUCUGCCUCGUGGUGCAAUCUUUUGGCCGUGAUUGGCUACCUUGGCUCAGCAACAGUGGCUCUUUGUGCUCCUGCUUCCGGAAAUACGAGUUGUUGCCAAAGUCUCACGGCCGCGCUAUCGUCAAAAGUUGUCUAUCCUGAUAGCGCCGCCUACAAUGCCUCUGUUUCCUCCUACUGGGCUCAAGGGGAGCAGUUGCUCUCUCCAUCGUGUAUCGUUUCUCCGCAGGCCGCACAGGACGUCUCUGCGGCCAUCAAGAUCCUCGUCGCCGGCUCCUGUAAGUUUGCUGUACGCGGCGGUGGUCACGGGUCCGUGACGGGUAUCGCAAAUAUCGAGGACGGCGUCACGCUGGAUCUCCGCGGCAUAAACUUCACCACCAUCAGUAAUGAUGGCACAUCGGUAGCCGUCGGGGCGGGCCAAUUGUUGGGGAAUGCGUAUUCGAUCCUGUAUAAACGAGGCCUCUACAUUCCUACAGCACGAGCUGCUAGUAUCGGUGCAGGUGGCUCGACCAUAGGCGGCGGGCUUGGAUACUUGUACCCCAAAACAGGUUUCGCCGUCGACUCUGUGGUUGAGUUCGAAGUCGUGCUUGCCAACGGGACCAUUGUCAGCGCAACAAAAAGCGUGAACAGUGACCUAUGGCGCGCACUCAAAGGCGGUGGUAGCAACUUUGGAGUGGUCACGAAAAUAGUCUACACCACCUAUCCGCUCGGGGAUGUGUGGGGUGGCGACGUUGUGUAUCCUGUCUCGUCAAUAGAUGCCGAGUUGCGCGCAUUCUAUAAUUUUGCGGCAAAUCCGAGCUACGACGACAACGCCGCGGUAAUGAUGAACUUCCAUUGGAGCCCUACGGAUGGCAAUAUACUAGACAAUCAGUAUAUCUACGCCAAGCCGGUUGUGGCGCCGCCUGCCUUUGCUGAGUUCUACACAAUCCCGAACCAAAUCUUUAACUCCACAGCCGUUACGAACAUUCCAGCCUUGUCAGCAGCCCAGUCUGCGAGGAGUCCAGCGGGGCUACAAGAAAUCACAUUUGCCGUGUCGUUCCGGAACAACGUCGACGUGCUAAAAGAUGUAUUCAAUUUAUACAAUGCCAGCAUAACUAAACUAUCGGACGUUGAAGGGAUCUCUCUCUCGUUGUCCUUCGAGCCUCUCAUGCAAUUGCUUGCUGCCAAGGCAAAGGCGACAGGAGGCAACGUUUUGGGCGUCGAUCCGCCUGCGGAGGGUGUCGUCCUCACUCUGCUGUCCCUCACAUUCACCGAUGCUGAUGAUUACUCGACGUUGAGUAAAUUUAGCCAGAAGUUGUUGAGCGAUAUCAUCGCUGCAGCCAAGAAACGUGGCGCGUCCAACUCGUUCAUAGACAUGAAUCAUGCAGGCGCCUCACAGAAAGUGCUAGCUAGCUAUGGUUCUGAUAACUAUGCUUUCCUUAAAGCGACAGCCAAGAAAUACGAUCCUUCAGCAGUGUUUCAGAAGUUGUUGCCAGGAGGUUUUAAGCUGUAAAAACACUUGGACUAUCAUUAUCUGCGGAAUUACGUUCAUUCGACUCGGAGGAGGAGAGCCUGUAUAUACAUAGGGGGUUUGGCAUCAAUUUGGAAGCCAAUUCCAACAUGUAACUUUCGUAAUAAAUUUUCUCAUAUCACUCAGUGGUAAUACAUAUUAAUUAACGCUCCUCCAGCGUGAGAACAUAGUCAUGUACUGUGAGCAAGGAGAUCUUGUGAAGCUGAGUAUCAGUAAUAAUGAGCGAAGGUGCCAUUUCUCGG